CUCGCAAGGACCUUCUCUCCUAUGCAUGGUCAUUUGAAAAAGUUCGGGACUAAACUCAUCUCUCUCUCUCUCUCUUUUUUUUACCCCCACCCCCCACCCCGACCCUGACCUACAGAAUCAUCCAGUUCAUUCUCCUUCAGCUUCCACCGAUGGGGUCCCUUUAUUUCAGAAAGCUCUCUGAGGAAGAAAACGCCUCCCUUCCCUCUCUGCCUCUCCGUGACCCCCUCACUCCUUCCUCCAGUUUCGGUGUCUUCUACCCCUAGCUGUAAUUCAGUCUGACUGGCAGCGAGGACAACUGUCCACGCAGGCUCUCCGCUCCGAGUGGGAAGCCGCCAAGAAGGCCUCGUUUGGAGCCCUGGGUGGGUCACCCUGGGGAGCAAAGCCCGGAUAAUUAUUGAUCAGCAGGUGGUGAACGAUGGCUGUGUGGAUCCAAGCACAGCAGCUCCAGGGAGAUGCCCUCCACCAGAUGCAAGCGUUAUAUGGCCAACACUUCCCCAUUGAGGUGCGCCAUUAUUUAUCCCAGUGGAUUGAGAGCCAAGCUUGGGACUCAAUAGAUCUUGAUAAUCCACAGGAGAACAUUAAAGCUACUCAGCUCCUGGAGGGUCUGAUCCAGGAGCUGCAGAAGAAGGCUGAGCACCAAGUUGGGGAAGAUGGGUUUUUACUGAAGAUCAAGCUAGGCCAUUAUGCAACUCAGCUUCAGAGUACAUAUGACCGCUGCCCCAUGGAGUUGGUCCGAUGCAUCCGCCACAUAUUAUACAAUGAACAGAGGCUGGUCCGAGAAGCUACCAAUUGUAGUUCUCCAGCUGGGAACCUGGCCGAUGCUCUGUCCCAGAAACACCUGCAGAUCAACCAGACAUUUGAGGAGCUGCGACUGGUCACUCAGGACACAGAGAAUGAGCUGAAGAAGCUACAGCAGACUCAGGAGUAUUUCAUCAUCCAGUACCAGGAGAGUCUCAGAAACCAGGCUCAGUUUUCCCAGCUGUCACAGCUGAGUCCCCAGGAACGCUUGACGAGGGAAACAGCACUUCAACAGAAGCAGGUGUCCCUGGAGGCCUGGCUGCAGCGUGAGGCCCAGACUCUCCAGCAGUACCGUGUGGAGCUGGCAGAGAAACACCAGAAGACCCUCCAGCUGCUCAGGAAGCAGCAAACCAUCAUUCUGGACGAUGAGCUGAUCCAAUGGAAGCGGCGGCAGCAGCUGGCAGGGAACGGAGGGCCCCCAGAGGGCAGCCUGGAUGUCCUGCAGUCUUGGUGUGAGAAGUUGGCAGAGAUCAUCUGGCAGAAUCGGCAGCAGAUCAGGCGGGCAGAGCAUCUCUGCCAGCAGCUGCCCAUUCCUGGGCCUGUAGAGGAGAUACUGACCGAGCUCAAUGCCACCAUCACAGAUAUCAUCUCUGCACUGGUGACCAGCACCUUCAUCAUUGAGAAGCAGCCCCCUCAGGUCCUGAAGACGCAGACCAAGUUUGCAGCUACUGUACGUCUCCUGGUGGGUGGGAAGUUGAAUGUGCAUAUGAACCCCCCUCAAGUGAAGGCCACCAUCAUCAGUGAGCAGCAGGCCAAGUCUUUGCUGAAGAAUGAGAACACUCGAAAUGAUUACAGUGGGGAGAUCUUGAACAAUUGCUGUGUGAUGGAGUAUCAUCAGGCAACAGGCACCCUCAGUGCACACUUCAGGAAUAUGUCCCUAAAACGUAUUAAAAGGUCUGACCGUCGUGGUGCAGAAUCAGUAACAGAAGAGAAAUUUACAAUCCUGUUUGAGUCACAGUUCAGCGUUGGUGGGAAUGAACUGGUUUUUCAGGUCAAGACCCUCUCCCUCCCUGUAGUCGUGAUUGUCCAUGGUAGCCAAGACAACAAUGCUACAGCUACUGUUCUCUGGGACAAUGCUUUUGCAGAACCUGGCCGGGUGCCAUUUGCUGUGCCUGACAAAGUGCUGUGGCCCCAGCUGUGUGAGGCUCUUAACAUGAAGUUCAAGGCAGAAGUCCAGAGCAACCGAGGCUUGACAAAGGAGAACUUGGUGUUCCUGGCUCAAAAACUGUUCAACAGCAGCAGCAACAACAUGGAAGACUACAACAACAUGGCCAUCUCUUGGUCCCAGUUCAACAGGGAGAACUUACCUGGACGGAAUUACACUUUCUGGCAAUGGUUUGAUGGGGUGAUGGAAGUGUUAAAAAAACAUCUCAAGCCUCAUUGGAAUGAUGGGGCCAUCUUGGGUUUUGUGAACAAGCAACAGGCCCAUGACCUACUCAUCAACAAACCUGAUGGAACAUUUCUGCUUCGAUUUAGUGACUCUGAAAUUGGAGGUAUCACCAUUGCCUGGAAGUUUGACUCUCAGGAGAGGAUGUUUUGGAAUCUGAUGCCUUUCACCACCAGAGACUUCUCUAUCCGGUCCCUGGCCGACCGCCUGGGAGAUUUGAAUUAUCUUAUCUACGUGUUCCCUGAUCGGCCAAAAGAUGAAGUAUACUCCAAGUAUUACACACCAGUUAUGUGCGAGUCUGCCACUGCUAAAGCUGUGGAUGGAUAUGUGAAACCACAGAUCAAGCAGGUGGUCCCAGAGUUUGCUGGUGCAUCUGCAGAUUCUUCGGGGGGCACUGCCACAUACAUGGAUCAGGCCCCAUCCCCAGCCGUGUGCUCCCAGUCUCAUUAUAACAUGUAUCCACAGAACCCUGACUCUGUCCUUGACCCAGAUGCGGAUUUUGACCUGGACGACACUAUGGAUGUAGCAAGACAUGUUGAAGAACUUUUGCGCCGACCAAUGGACAGUCAGUGGAUCCCCCAUGCCCAAUCGUGACCCCCGACCCCUCCACCACCUAGCUCUUCAUCCCCUGCCGGAGGAUCGCUCUUGUGGAUGUUUAAUUCCAUGAAUCGCUUCUCUUUGGAAAUAAUACUCAUAAUGUGAAGUGUUAAUACUAGUUGUGACUUUAGUAUUUCUGUGCAUGGUGAUGCCAGUGGAGUGGGUGUGAGUGUGCGUGAGUGUGUGUAUGUGUAUCCAAGUGAGGUGUUGUUCUCCUUCCCUCCUCCCCUUCUGUCCAGGAUUUGGCUGCAUUGUCAAGACCUUAGGGACUGCGGCCAAUUUCUCUUUACUAAUAGCCAGGAGCUGGGAAAGCUGAGCUUUGGCUUUGGGAGGCUGGGGUCAGGUUGGGGUGAGAGGGAGAUUGCAAUUCCUAUUCAACAAAUUACAUUGCUGUUUCAGCCAAAUAUUACAGUAAAAAAUUUAACAGUUGUUGCCUUUAACUAGCCUCUGAAAUUUUGAUCACUGCCUUUUAACAGAAAAAGCCAGGUUUCUUCCCUUCCUUCCUUCCUUCCUUCCUUCCUUCCUUCCUUCCUUCCUUCCUUCCUUCCUUCCUUCCUUCCUUCCUUCCUUCCUUCCUUCCUUCCUUCCUUCCUUCCUUCCUUCCUUCCUUCCUUCCUUCCUUCCUUCCUUCCUUCCUUCCUUCCUUCCUUCCUUCCUUCCUUCCUUCCUUCCUUCCUUCCUUUUUCUAGGUAGGGUUGGGAAAUUAUGACAGUUUGAAAAGAUAGAUGGAGUAGGGGAAAGAGUUGUGGGUUUUCUGUUGUGGGGUGGUUGAUCUUUUUAAAAUGCCACUUAGCACAUACAAGUUCACCCUUUUUGUAUGGAUUUGCUCCUUUGCAGGAGUAAGGACACAUAUGCAUGAAUGUUUGGGGAUGUGUAUGUUUGAAAUAGGGGUAAGAAAGAUUAGCCAUAUAUGUACAUGCUUGUAGUAUUGAUAUCCUGUGCAUUUGGGCCACAGUGGAAUAAUAGACAUUAACUUCCCAGGGUUAAAAACAAUCAUUUGUUCCCUGAAGUAACCCACAAUUUGGAUCUGAUCAUUCAAAGACUUACCUCCUUGCUUGUUCUUUGGACUGUUGGAUACUAAAAUGUGAGGAUUUGUUUGUUGUUUCUUAAAGAUCACUUAAAGGGUUAUGGAUUUUAUAAAUGUUAGAUGCCCUUUUGUUUUUCUAAAAUGUAUCCUCUUCAUUUCCCUCCUACCUCUCCCCAGUCACAUAUGGCAUCAGAAUUGUCUCUUUUCACCCCAAUCCUUUGCCAGCCACACCCAGCAUCACUUGUAUUUCCUUCCAGUGUUUACACCCAUGGUCUUGAAGACUUGAUGGCAUGAAUGUCAUCUGAACCAAAGGCUAGCUUGUUGAGUUUGAUUGAAGCCCAUGGUCCACCUUUGGUGUGCUUGUGGGCAGUGACAGGGGUUUUAUUUCUUUGGGAUGUUUUUGGUUUUCUUUUGGUAAAUGGGAAAAAAAGGGAAAAAAUGAAACUAAACCUAGCAUAAUUUUGACUCAUGGCAAUUUCUUCGGUAGCUUCUUGCCUACUGGGGAGAUGCGGAUUAUGGCUGGGAUGGGUUGCUGGACAUAGGUGGGGGAAUGAGCAGACAGCCUGUAGGUGAGGCCUCUGAGGUUCUUUCCCCCAACCCCUCUCUCUAAGAGAAGGGCACAUGGCCAUACCCAGGAGAGUUAUGUCACUAAAAACCUUAUUUUUAUACAUGCUAGUAAAUAGAUAUUUUUUUAACAAAAAAGUUAUGAAUUUAUCAAGUAUCUUGAUGUUGAUGGAGAAAUAUUCCUCUUUAGUAAAGUAUUUAUUGGAAGUUAACUUUUUAAAAGCCACCGUGUGUUUGCCUUGGCUCAGUUUUAUAUGUUGAUUAUUUUUUAACCUGGCCAUCUACACCCUGGCACCGCCAGGCUGUAGGAGCAUCUCUUGCCCCCCAGAAGACCGAACUCUCCGGGAACAUCAGUGUUGGCUGUGGGAUGCUGUUCACUCAGGAUGUGGGCUUACUUAGGACUCUAGGCCUGAAGCUGUUGGCUGGGGGAAGGAAGAAGGGGAAAGGCCGCCUUUCUAGGUGCCCAGGCCUUCACAAAGAGUCCAGAAACGACUCCCCGCCUUUCUCACUUCCCGAUUUCCCCUUCUGAACAGGCUUAUUCCGUCGGAGCCCCGGGGCGCUGGGGUGGCACAGCCUGAGAAUCGGAUUCACGCUGUGGCAGCCCAUCCCCACCAGGGGGCAGCCCCGAGCUGGGAUCCGCUCUGCCCAGUGCCAUCCUGAAGGUGGUUCUAGAAAGCAGGGAUGCUCUCGGACCUCCCUCCCACCAUCCCAUCUCUAGGCCCAUCAGGCUUCCCAGAUAGCACGCAACCUGGCACUUUGCUUCGCUGCCCUCCCUCUUCCAGAAGCUUAUUUUGGACUGAGAUAGCUGUCAUUUUGUGCCCCGUGUCCCCACCCCACGCAGCCCCCAGAGCCAAACUUGUGUUCAUGCUGACGACUGAGGAAAGCCGAGAUCGUUUUCCCUGCCCUCCCUGCCCUCCCUGCCCCCCUCACAAAACAACAGCAGAAGUGUUCAGCGGUGUGUGUGGCAUACAUGGCGUUUUGUGGGGGUAGGAACACCCCCCAAAUGAGUAUAAUUUAAAAGAAGAGAAUACUUUUGAUAAUUUUUCUUUUUAAAACUUUGUGAAAUUAUUUCAGAUACAUAUUUUAGUGUUGAAGCAGAUUCCUAUAUAGCCAGCCACCAAUAAAGUAUUGUGUACAAUUUUGGGCAGUCACAAAAUUGUGUAUUUUAUGUUACAAUAAAGGCCUCCUGAAGAGAC